CAGACAAAAAUAAUAGUGAGACCUUUGUAAAAGUACUUUUUUAUAUUGAUAUCAACAUGGCUCAGAAUAAUGACUUAUUUGAAACACCUCUCCUUGUAGACCCCAAUGAUGAUGGUGAUAACCAACCUCACCCCCAACAACCAAUUCCAAUCCAACAUGUUGAUCUUCAAGUUCAUAAGAAUAACCCUCAGAAUGACCCCAUGACCCUCCUGGCCCAACAAUUUAGCAAUCUUAUUCUCCAUAUGCAGAAUGCACUUCUUCAUAAAUUCACAUAA